UUGGAUGAGAUAAGAGCGUGUUCUAGCCCAACCUGUAAUGUCUACACACUGGCCUCAGCGGUGACUUUGGCGUAUCUUGCUACCCCCUGGCCCAACUAUUCUCUGUUCCCACCACACCCUCUGUUGGGGUUGUAAUGUCUUGAAAGACCGCCACCUCCACUCCCUGACCAUCGCCCAAGCAGCGGACUACAUCCUAACCAGACUUCUACUUGUGUUGUCUCAUCGCAACGGGUUUGUUGUCUUUGGGAAAUUAAUGAGAUACGCGCCAUCCGCGGAGCCCCUAAUAUGUCUCCGGGCGCAUUUUUCCACGCAAGCCUGAUCUACAUGGUCUUGAUUCAAUGUGCACAGUGCUGUGUCCCCUCCACUAUCCAGGCACAGGUGCCGGUGGAGGUGCAGCCUGGCUAUGUUGUCUCUAAAGUCAACGUGGGCAACUGUGGCAGGAAGACCUUUGCCUUCUCCACGUGUGACCCGGACUUCAGGGUGCUCCCCGACGGCACCAUCAUGACAGUGAGGAUGACCCGGGUCACCCAGGAGGGCAAGAACUUCUGCGUGUACGCCCAGGACCAGAGGCAACACAGAUGGAAAGUGGACGUCACGCUCACUCGCACUGAACAGCCUCUGCCACCUUGGCAACCUCGGCCACCUCAGCAGAAGACGGUGCUGCGCCGCUUCCGGAGACGCUGGAGCCCCCCUCCCAUUUACAUCCAGGAGAACUCCCCCCCUCCAUACCCCAAGGACCUGGAACAGAUUGGGUCAGACUCCAUGCAGAACCAGACAGUGUACUACCGCAUCAGUGGGCCGGGCGUGAACCAGCACCCGGUUGGGGUGAUCUCCUGCGAAGGGCAGACUGGGCUGCUGAGGGUGCACCGCCCCCUGGACCGAGAGGAGUUCCCCCAGCUCAUAUUCAUAGCUCGCGUCUACAACGCAUUCACACACAAAGAGACGGAUCUCCCCCUGCCAAUCACAGUGCACGUUGAGGACGUCAAUGACAACGCCCCAGAGUUUGUCGGCUCCCUCCUCUUCACUGUGGAGGAGCACAGCAAAAUAGGUACGGUGGUGGGCCUCAUCAACGCUACUGAUAAGGAUGAGCCCAACACGUCUCACACUAAGAUCAGAUACAUCCUGCUGACAGGAACUGACUUCUUCUCUGUGCACUCCUUCAGUGGAGUACUCUCUACCAAAACAAUCGCCCUGGACAGAGAGGUCCAGGACAAGCACCUGGUAACCGUGGAGAUCCGAGAUAUGGGCGGAGCAACAAACGGGCUGUUCAACACAGCAACCGCUACCAUCGCACUGACCGACAUCAAUGACAACCCACCCACCUUCUCAAACGCCAGUUACAAGGCCCGAGUUCAGGAGAACAAAGUAGACGUCCUGGUUCUGCGCAUCAAGGUGGAGGACAAGGAUUUGAAGGGCACACCCAACUGGAGGGCCAUUUUCAAGAUAGUGAAGGGAAACGACAAAGGAUACUUCAAGGUGGACACAGAUAAAGAAACAAACGAAGGGUUGCUUUACGUUAUCAAGCCUCUGGAUCAUGAGGAGGGAGGCCACCUCCUGCUGGAGCUGGAAGCUGAAAACGAGGCCCCUCUGGCAGGCACCACCAGCGGCUGGAACAGGGCCACUGUGGAGGUGACGGUGGGGGAUGAGGACGAAGGCCCAGUGUUCUCCCCACCCAUCCUCAUCCUCCGCGUGCAGGAGAACGCCCCCGAGGGCACACUCAUAGGCACCUACACGGCAGUGGACCCGGAGACGGGAGACGGCAGAGGCAUCAAAUACUAUGAAGAAACCGACCCUGCCUCUUGGAUAAGUGUGGAAGAAAGCACGGGACGGAUUAUGACGGCCAGCGCCAUUGACCGCGAGUCUGAGUUCGUCUCCAAUGGCAUGUACAACAUAACGGUGCGCGCUGUUGACAUAAGCAACAAGCGUGGCAUUGGGACGGUCCUGAUCAUCAUUAUGGACGUGAACGACAACAACCCAGUCAUCACGGUGCCGGACCACAUCCUGUGCGAGAAGGAAGGGGCGGAGCUCGGCUCCAUCACGCUGCACGCCACGGACGCGGACGGACCGCCUUACGGUGCACCGUUCACCUUCGAGCUGGGGGAGGACGCCGGCGGCAAUUGGAAGCUGAAGGAUGCUACAGGUGAGUCUGUGGUUCUGCAGCAGGCCAAAGCUCUGCCCAUCGGUCAUUACCAGGUGCCCGUGGUGGUGAAGGACCUGCAGGGCGUGGGUGAGGUGCAGGUGGUGACCGUGCGCGUGUGCGAGUGUGCCAACACCACACCGGGCGAGGAGGAGUGCGUGCCCCUGAAGAGGUCCGCAGCGCUGGGAUCAUGGGGGGUCCUGGCCAUGCUGCUCGCACUACUACUGCUGCUACUGCUGGUGCUUCUGUUUGCCUUCAUCUGCACUACUGAGAGUGAGAAGAUCUACAUGGAUGAUGGCAGUGGAGGCAUGCUGCUCAAGUCCAACACUGAGGCACCCGGAGAGGAAGUGAAGACAGACCCGUUCCUCACGUUGUGCCCCAGCCCAGUGGAGCAGGUGGACAUCCAGACCAAGAGCCAGUUGGCAGGCAGCCUGGCUGGGGGGCUGGCUGGCAGUGGGAUGGCUGGGGGCCUGGGUGGUGGUGGUGUUGGUGGUGGUCUGGAACAGGAGACCUUGAAUCAGCAGAGCAUGUACCAGGAGAACGCCUUCCACACCUCCACGCGCGAGUACCGGACGACCGACGGCCAGAGCAACUACUACAACACCUCUGGUCACUACGGCCACGGUUUCUAUGGCGACGCGGGCUACGUGAGCUACUCGGGCGAGGCCUUGGACACGUGGCGGACCAACGAGGUCUACCUGGACAAGAAACUGGUGUACUUCUACGAAGAGGAGGACGGGCGGUACGCGGACGACCUCCUGAAGGAUUAUGGGUACGAGGGCGAGGGCUCGUCGGUGGGCUCGCUGGACUGCUGCAGCCAGAUGGGCCUGGAAGAGGAUUCCAUGGACUUCCUGGACACGCUGGGUCCUAAGUUCCGCCUGCUCGCCAACGCCUGCACUCGCACGUCUCCAGAGGACGACGACUGAGAGAGAGAGAGAGAGAGAGAGAGAGAGAGAGAGAGAGAGAGAGAGAGAGAGAGAGAGAGAGAGAGAGAGAGAGAUGGAUGCAUGGAGAAAGGGAAGGGUGAAAGAGGGAAGGAAAAAAAACAGAGGGAAGAUAUAGGAAGGAAAGGGGAGGGAAGAAAGCGUGAGAGUGCAGAGGGAAGAAGAAGAGAUAAGAAAGAACAAACGAAAGAAAAAGAUAACAGAAAGAAGAGUGAGAGAGGUGAUUAAAUGAAGACAUGAGCAGAAGGGAAGAGGAAUAGGGUGGAGAGGGAGAGAGAGAGGGAGAGAGAGAGGGAGUGUGUGAUGAGAAACAGAUGAAGCAUAUGUGCUGUUUGCUGUAAUGUGGCGGGCGGGAGGGCGAGGUCAGCCUGGGAAUGAUCUCACCAGCUAGAAGCUUGGGACACUCGCUUUCUAACCAACAUGCUGACACACUGGAUUCAAACAUGCUGCCUGCUCAAAGUAGCCUUUGCUUU